AUGGGAGUCGAUCUCGACGACAUAAAACCAUCCUCCAGAACACUAACCGGCUUCAACGGAUCCUCCGAAACAAUACUAGGAACAAUCCGCCUUCCGGUACGCGCAUGUGGAGUCACUCGAACUGUCAAAUUUGCCGUUAAAAGCACGAAGGCCCCUUACCACGCUAUACUUGGAACCCCCUGGAUACACUCAAUGCAGGCCAUUCCAUCUACUUAUCACCAGUGUGUCAAGUUCUCCGGUACGGACGGAAAAAUCAAAACAAUGCGAGGAGAUCAAAAAGCCGCUAGGGAACUCCUAGUCGCCACAGUUAAACUCCAACGAUCGUCUUUAUCGGUUAACUCCGUUUCUCCUCCAACUUAUAAAGCCUGCUCCCAGGAAGGCGAAGUUCUCGAGUUACCUAUUAACGAUACCGAUCCAAGCCGGACCGCAAGGAUUGGUGCGUAUCUGUCUGAAGAUACGCAGCGGUCAGUUCUCAACUUUCUCAAGGCGAAUGUGUCCACAUUCGUGUGGUCCAUGUCAGAUAUGAAAGGAAUUGAUCCGGCCAUAACAAUUCACGAACUAAACGUCGACCCGACAUUCAAGCCUAUCCGGCAGAAGCGACGCAAGCUCGGUCCCGAUAGGUCAAAGGCUGUAAAUGAAGAGGUCGACCGGUUGCUCGGCGCUGGCUCAAUUGCUAAGGUGCGCUACCCUGAGUGGUUAGCAAAUCCAGUAGUCGUCAAAAAGAAGAACGGGAAGUGGCGUGUCUGCGUCGACUUCACAGACUUAAAUGAAGCAUGCCCAAAGGACAACUAUCAUCUUCCCAACAUCGACCGUUUAGUCGAGUCCACGGCUAGAAACGAGAUGCUCACCUUCAUGGACGCUUUCUCUGGGUACAACCAAAUCAUGAUGCACCCCGACGAUCGCGAAAAAACGGCCUUUAUCACGGAUAGAGGAACCUACUGCUAUAAGGUCAUGCCAUUCGGUUUGAAGAACGCAGGAGCAACCUACCAACGGCUUGUGAACAAAAUGUUCGCAGAUAAGCUGGGCGUCACCAUGGAAGUAUACAUCGAUGAUAUGCUUGUCAAGUCGCUACACGCCGCUGAUCACCUCCGACACCUGCAAGAUUGCUUUGAAACUCUCAACAAAUACGGCAUGAAACUGAACCCAGCAAAGUGCACGUUCGGGGUUUCCUCAGGCGAGUUCGUUAGAUACAUAGUAACGCAGCGGGGAAUCGAAGCCAACCCGAAGCAGAUCUCCACGGUCCUGAACCUCCCAAGCCCAAAAAACAGUAGAGAAGUACAACGGCUUACGGGUAGGAUAGCUGCACUCAACCGGUUCAUCUCCAGAUCCACCGACAAAUGCUUGCCAUUCUACGAUCUCCUGCGAGGUAACAAAAGGUUUAUCUGGGAUGAGAAAUGUGAGGAGGCAUUUACUCAACUCAAGCAUUAUCUGACAACACCACCCGUUCUCGCCAAGCCAGAUAUCGGCGACGUUCUAUCUCUUUACGUCACAGUGUCACAAGCAGCAGUCAGCAGCGUUCUAAUAAAAGAGGACCGUGGUGAGCAAAAGUCAAUCUUCUAUACAAGCAGGCGCAUGACCGGACCAGAAACGCGAUACCCAACUCUGGAGAAGAUGGCGCUGGCGGUCGUUGAAGCGGCGAGAAAGCUUCGCUGGUACUUUCAGUCACAUUCGGUGGAAGUAUUAACCGACCAGCCCCUCCGAACAAUACUUCAAAAUACAAACAGGUCCGGAAGACUAACGAAGUGGGUUAUCGAACUCGGUGAGCUUGAUAUCACUUACAAGAACAGAACAGCAGCGAAAUCUCAGGUUCUUGCAGACUUCUUAAUCGAAUUGGCCCCGGAGUUGGAGAAAGAUCUCACACUCCCGAACCCAAACUGGACACUGCAUGUCGACGGAUCUUCGACUAACAGGGGCGCAGCCUCGAACAACGAAGCAGAAUACGAAUCUUUGAUCGCUAGACUCCGCCUAGCAAAAGCUGUCAAGGCCAAACUCCUAAGUGCCUACUGCGACUCGCAGUUAGUCGCCAGUCAGUUUAGCGGCGAUUACGACGCCCGCAACGAUCGGAUGGACGCCUACCUCAAGAUAGUACAGGGCUUAGCCGCAGAGUUCGAAUUCUUCGAACUCGUCAAAGUUCCCAGAGGAGAAAACGUCUGCGCCGACGCCCUUGCAGCCCUCGGAAGCAAGCUUCGGGACCAAGUUAAACGAACCAUUCCAAUACAUCGCAUUGAGAAGCUGAGCAUCGAUAUCUCGACGGACCAAACCAUCGUCAUUGCCCCAGUCACCGAAACCGACACGCUCGUUACUGAUGAAUUCGGCCCCGACUGGCGAACUGAGUUCAUCGACUAUCUCUCAAAGGGGGAACUUCCAACCGAGAAAUUGGCAGCCCGCCGACUAAAAACACGCAGUGCCCAUUAUGUCGUCCUAGACGACGAACUCCAUCGAUGGACUGCGAGUAAAGUACUCCUCAAAUGUAUCCAUGGUGAUGAAACGGUCAGGGUUAUGGCCGAAAUACACGAAGGCGCUGGAGGAAACCAUUCGGGCGGACAAGCAUUAGCAAUUAAAGUGAGAAUCCUAGGCUUCUUCUGGCCGACGAUGAAUGCAGAUUGCGAGUCCUACGCCAGAAGCUGCGACAAAUGCCAACGGCACGCACCAAGCAUCCAUUGUCCAACUGAAAUGUUACGAACGACGUUCGCGCCGUACCCGUUCAUGCGAUGGGCAAUGGAUAUCAUAGGACCUCUUCCCUGCUCCUGCCAGCGGCGUUUCAUUCUCGUCCUCACCGAUUAUUUCACCAAAUUGAUCGAAGCUGAAGCCUACGCUCAAGUCACCGACAAAGAAGCAAAUGGCCAAGCGGAAUCCUCCAACAAGCUCAUCAUCAACGGCAUUAAGAAACAUUUAGACCAGAAAAAGGGUCAUUGGGCCGACGAACUCGACGGAGUUCAAUGGAGCCACCACACAACACCAAGAGGGUCGACCAAAUCGACACCUUUCUCUCUUGCAUACGGUGUCGAAGCUAUGGCUCCCGCAGAAGUUAACGUUUCAAGCCUCCGACGCUCGAAAAUGCCCCAGUACGUCGAACUCAACAAGGAGAUGCUGCUUGAUGUCCUCGACGAAAUUGAAGAACGACGGGACCAAGCUCUGCUACGAAUCCAAAACUAUCAACAUCAGAUUGAGAGUUACUACAACAAAAAGGUCCGAGCCAGACCCCUUGAACUCGGUGACCUUGUCAUGCGCAAAGUGUUCGAAAACAAUAAGGAGUUGAACGCCGGUAAACUCGGCGCUAUGUGGGAAGGACCUUACAAAAUCAUCAAAGUUGUGAAACCAGGCGUCUACCGACUUCAAACGUCACACGGAGAAGAAGUGCCUAGAGCAUGGAACUCAAAGCAUCUAAGACGCUUUUACUCGUAA